AUGCAGACGCGGUGGCAUGACUUCCCGCAAACUACUCGGCGUGCUGCUGGUGAUACACUGCAGAAGAGUGCGCUGCAAGUAACAGUAUUCGAACCUCUUCUGGAGCGGGAGCAGACGGAUUCCAAGUACUACUCAUUCAGAGGCAGAGACACGAAUACUCUGUCGUGCGCAUUUUCCACCUAUGCUUCGAUGUGUGGUAUGGUGCCGCCUUUGCUACUGGUGCCUAUCCGACAUCUUACCCCAUCUCACUGUGUAUUUUGCACCGUGCAUUUAUUGAUGUUGUCAGCACCACUGCGACUGUCAGCUGCUGCUAGUACUACGACUGAGAUGCUUCUUUUUUACACCAAAUGA